AUGGAGAGUGCACAACUUCGAAUGGAGCGAAUGCUCCCAGAACUCAGGGACUUGGAACAGAAAAAAGUAUUUACAAAAUCUGAGAUUUCAGCCAUUGUAUCUCAAAGACAAAUUCAUGAAGCUGCAAUUGCUAGACCAAAGUCACAUGAACCUUAUAUGCGAUAUAUCGAUUAUGAACGAAGGUUAGAACGUUUGCGGCAAUUGCGAGUCUCAAAGAUAGCUGGACAACAAAGUCAAAAUCGUCCUCGAGUCACAAUUUCCGAUUACUCAAUCCCACUUCACAUCCUCAACCUUUUCUCAACAGCAGCUAAACGAUACCCCGAAUCAAGAUCACUAUGGAUGGCUUACAUCACUUACUCUCUUACUCAAUCAUCACCCAAACUAAUCAGUCGAGUGAUUUCUGCAGCAAUAGCAGCACAUCCAACCGAUCCAGAAUUUUGGACCAUGGCAGCAAGAUUCGAAUCAGAUGGAGAUCAAAAUGGUAAAGGAGGUGGAAAUGUAGAUGGAGCAAGAAAACUUUUGAUGAGAGGUUUAAGGUUUUUAAAAGGAGAAGAAUCUUUAUCUCUUUGGAUUGAAUGGAUUAGGAUUGAAUUGAAUUUCGUUCAAGCUAUGACUCAAAGAAGGAAAUUUUUAGAGAAGAUUACAGAUAAAGGAUCUGUUAUUAUUCGGAAUGAUGAUUUGGUACUCGAAGACUCUGCUGCUGAUACGGCCAUGGAGUUGGAUCAACUUGAGGAAGAGAAUGAGAAGCCGGAUGAGAUGAAUAAAGAUGUUUUGGUGAUCAAGGGCCAAGGUCAGGAAGCUUUGCAAUCAGGUGCUCUAAUCAAAGUUGUACUAUCAAACGCAUUCAAAGCGAUACCUAGCCUUUCGAUUUUUGAUGCAGUAAUUUCUUUAUUGAAUUCAACAGAGCUUCCAAUCAAUGGUGUCAAACUUGUUGAUAGUUUAUCUUCUACAAUCAAAAAACUUCAAUCAAUCUGUAAAGAAUUAUCAAAUCCAGAAAUGUGGGAGGAAUUUUUACGAUUCUUAAUUGAUGUUCAUACUAAGUUGGAUGAUGACGAUUUGCGCCAAUACGUUUCUUUAGUCGUCAAGAAGACCAUGACUUCGAUAAUAUCCAAGAAAACAGAUUCAGUCAGGUGUCACGAGUUAGCCCUCUCACACUACCAAAGCACAUCUUCCCAUCCCGAGAUUCUUUCAGCCUCAACUCAAGCCACAACACGUUUUCCAGAAAGUCUUUCACUUUGUAUUUCUCGAUUAGAACUUAUAAUUCAAUCUACUAAAAAUGGUCAAGAAAAUAAUUCAAAUUAUCUACAAACUUUUCAUCAUGCUCAAACUCAAUUCCCAGGAUCAUUACGCAUAGCUGAGUUAUUUGUUCAAAUCAUUAAACUAAAACAUGCACGGAAAGAAAUGACUGGUACAGAUAUGAAAGAUUUAUUAAUGCUUAAUCUGGAUAGAGCUGCAAAAAAUAUCCGAGAGCCUAUUCUACCUACAACGCCAUCAUCACCAGACCAAUCCCAAACAGUCAUAGAAGUAUACCAAAGGUCAUUAAUAGAAACAUCACCCCCAAAAAAACCACAUAAACCAAUUUAUAUCACACUUUCACAUCAAACAACUUUAUCAAUAAGUUUUUUGAAUUGGGCAACAUCAUAUGAAAAAGAUUUGAAUACAUUAGAAUAUUUAUUUAAUCUUUUGAUUUCUCAUCCUAAAUCGAAUUUAAAUGAAUGGUUAAAUUAUUUGAAAUUUUUAUUAAAUGUCAAGAAAGAUGUUAUUGAAGUUGAUCAACAAUUAGUAAAAGCUAAACGACUUCUUGGGUUUAAAGCUGGACAAAUUUUAGAAGAGAAAUGGAUGGAAUUGAUUCAAUGUUAA